AUGCUUAGUGUCAACUUGCAGUUCGUUUCCGAUGGAAAAAUUCUCCUCCGGACGCUCGCGAUCAAAGAAUUAAAGGAGGGGCACACAGCUAGCUAUUUGCAAAGUAUCCUGCUUGAGGUACUGGCGGCGCACAAUGUCGAGCUAUGCCAAGUGUACAGCAUCACUACAGACAACGGCACAAACCUAGUGAAGUCAGUCAAGUCGCUCAUGGAAGAUCAGCAGCAGCAGUCGGGAAGUGAUGACGAAGGGGAGGUCACUGGGGAUCAGAACGCUGAGCUGCAGUUGACAAGUGAUGACCCGUUCUACGACACGAGACCGUGGCCUGGUGUACUGAGGGGAGUACGAUGCGCAGCGCAUAACUUGCAGCUAGCAGUUGACGACGCGAUGAAGAAGGCCUCCGUCAAGGCCACUGUUGCGAAAGCAAGAGAAGUUUGUGAGAAACUUCGGUGCCCAAAUGUAAUGAUGAUGAUAAAAAAACUAAACUUAAGGAAGCCCAUCCUGAACUGCCCAACUCGCUGGCACUCCACCCAUGAUAUGUUGGAACGUUUGCUCGAACUUCGGGGGUUUUGUGUGGAGGUGUCUGCCACAAAUCGUGACUUGUUCCUUGCCGGUGACGAAUGGAGUAGAAUAGAGGACAUUGUACGAGCUCUCCACCCGGCAAACAAGACAACGCUCACCCUGCAGUCACAACAGUCGACAGUCGGUGAUUUCUACGGCGCUUGGAUGAAAUGCGUUAUAGACACAAAGAAAGUGGAUUCCACAUUUACACGCUCUGUUGUUGAUGCACUCAAGGCAAGGGAGACUUUGCUUCUUCAGAAUGACGCGUUCAAGGCGGCGGUCUUCCUUGAUCCGAGGUACGACAUUCUGCUGUCUGAAGGCGACAAGCAACAAGCACGCGCUCACUUGAGCAACACGUGGGCCAACAUUGUACGCUUCAGCCGUGACGCCAACGACUGCCGAGAAUGUCCGACAUCCUCUCUAGGCAGUGAUGAUGAACUAGACGCUCUGCUGAAGGAAAAGGAAAAAUCAUAA